GUUAGAGUGAGGUGUGACAUCCGAGACUAGGGUUCAAAAUGCCUCACGCCAGUUGCGGUCUCGUUCACCAUUUGGUGCCGGAUCUGUCCACCACGUUAUCCUUGUCCAAUGCGGCUGGCUUCGAUUUCAUCGUGGUUCCAUUGUCGCACCCUCGUUAUCGCUUGCCGCCACCCGGUCAUGAGGCGAGCGCGACCGGCGCUCCGAUUUGCCGAUCGUACGCGUUUACGCGCUCGGACAUGCUGCUCAAGUCCACGGAUUGGAGCUCUUUAGUGGUGGGCUCCCUGCCGCGUGAUUUGCAGAUGGAGUCAAUGAGCACGGGCGUGCGACGGGAGAGUGAGGAGCGUCUCCAGCGGGAGCUCAAUUACGCAGCCCAUUUAGGCUUAUCUGCCAUCCUCGUCGAGCUUAAACGACCCGAAAACACGAAUUUGGCUCGUGCUCUCUACUCCUUCAUUCUUAAAUCAAGUGGGAGUGGGCCACAGGUAUGGGUUCGGGCCCCAAUAAUUGCCCCUAAAGCUGAAUGCACACCUGAGGAGCGUGGUGAUUCAACUUCCUCGUGGGAUUGGUGGAACAACCUCCGCACGAGUGCCAACUUUGCCAAGAAGCUUGGUCUCGUUCUUGAACUUGAUAGUCAGCUCGUUUCAACCAUCACGGAUGAGAUCGUACUCAAACGAUGGUUAGGCGAGCCCAUCAAAGCCAUUGUCCUGAAUACCAGCUCUUUCCUCACCAAUAAGAAAGGCUAUCCAGUAUUGCCCAAGGCCUUGCAAACCAUCGUGCGGCAAUUCAUCCCUUCAGAUGUGCAGGUUCUGAUUGAAGGACGCAACCGUGGCCAUGAUAUGAGCCUCUAUCAAUCCUACAUGGACCAUUUGUGGCAACAAACAGACUCCGGUGACCCAUUGAGACAAUUUGCCAAAGGCUACGAAGACUUCCUUCAGUCUCCUCUUCAACCUUUGAUGGAUAAUUUGGAGUCAGGAACGUACGAGGUUUUCGAGCAAGAUCCAGUCAAAUACACUGAAUACCAACGUGCCAUGUUCGAAGCCAUAAAGGACAAAAUUCCCGAAGAUGAAAAGGCCACUAAAACCAUCACUCUCAUGGUCUUAGGAGCCGGCCGAGGGCCUUUGGUAAGAGCCGCUCUCAAGGCUGCAUUGGCUGCCGAGAGAAAAAUUCGCGUGUUUGCCGUCGAAAAGAAUCCCAAUGCCAUUGUGACCCUUCUCACUCAAAAAGAAGAGGACUGGGGUGAUCAAGUAGAGGUCGUAUCAUCGGACAUGCGGCAAUGGCACCCAGAGGAGCACGAUAAAGCCGAUAUCAUCGUCUCCGAGUUACUCGGCUCAUUUGGAGACAACGAGCUCUCGCCCGAAUGUCUCUACAAUGCUCAGCAUUUGUUUAAAUCCAAUGCUGUGAGCAUCCCCACAUCCUACACUUCCUGGGUUGGCCCCUUGCAAUCGUCGAAAUUGUACAAUGAAGUCCGUGGCACCAUGGACGUGGAUAAAAUCAGUGGGUCUAACUUUGAAACGCCCUACGUAGUCCAUUUGCAAAACAAAACGGAAUUAGCCCCCCCUCAACCUCUCUUUACCUUCGUUCAUCCUCUCCAUGGGAAUAUCGACAACAACAGAUAUGAAAUCAAGUCUUUCGACAUCACCAUGGAUGCCGUCCUUCAUGGCUUUGGUGGCUACUUUGAGUGUGUUCUCUACAAGGACGUGAUGAUCAGCAUUAAUCCUCCAACCCAUUCCAAGGGUAUGUUCAGUUGGUUCCCGAUCUUCUUUCCUUUGCGGACCCCGGUACGAUUGACGAAAGGGCAAACCUUGGACCUGAACUUUUGGCGGUUUAACAACGGGAAACACGUGUGGUAUGAGUGGUGCAUUACCAAGCCCGUGGCUCAACCCGUUCUCAAUCCCAAUGGACGAUCUUAUACGAUUGGACUUUAGAUCGAUCAUGAAUGAGGAAACUUUGAGGAGACAAAAUUGAGGAAUAAAAACUCUAAAUGUGACGUCAUAAAUAGUUUAACAUGUCCCGCAAA